AUGGAUUUUCCCCUUUUCUCAAGUGCCCUUAAAGAUAGCAGAUUUCCCCCGAUGACGAGGGAUGAACUGCCACGGCUUUUCUGCUCAGUGUCUCUGCUUACUAAUUUUGAAGAUGUUUGUGAUUAUUUGGAUUGGGAGGUGGGUGUACAUGGCAUUAGAAUAGAAUUCAUCAACGAAAAAGGAUCAAAACGCACGGCCACCUACUUACCCGAGGUUGCAAAGGAGCAAGGCUGGGACCAUAUUCAGACCAUAGAUUCCUUACUGAGGAAAGGGGGUUAUAAGGCUCCAAUCACAAACGAUUUCAGGAAAACAAUAAAACUGACCAGGUAUCGUAGUGAGAAGAUGACCGUGAGCUACACAGAAUACCUUGCCCACCGUCAGCAUCACCACUUCCAAAACGGCAUCGGGCACACCCUACCCCCCUACAACCAUUAUUCCUGACAGUGAGCCGUAUGACCAGUCCCUGGACUUUUCUGCAAACCUCUUCCCAGGAGAACCCCCUCCUUCCUGGUCUAGCUAUCUCUAUUACUGUACCAUUUUAUGAUGAUAAUUUCCGUUGCCAUGUUGACGCUUCUCCGUGGCAGGUUAAGCUCACCAUGGCAACGGGUGGAAACGCUGCAUCGUUACAAAGAACCCCUUCGCUCUCU